UUAUACGCACAAUGAGGAGCUUCAGCUUAAUAUCAGCUUUACUUCUCUGCAGCCUCAGCUGGAUCUCUGUCUCAGCUUCUGAGUCUCACACUGUGGAGGUCCAGUCUGGUGGAGACGUCACUCUGAUGUGCUCCAACAUUUCCAGCACUCAAACUCAGACAGACUUGUUCAGAGUAAUUAACAGAACCAAGCCCAGCUGCGUCUCCUCUAUGUACAAGUCUGAUAGCGAAGCCUCGUACUGUUAUGGAUUUCAAAAUGGAUUUGACAUGAUCUCCAACAUCUCUACUGUCUUUCUUAAAAUCAAGAGAGUGGAUUUAUCUGACUCUGGACUGUAUUUCUGUGGAUUUUACAUAGGCAAACAUACAGUCAUCGCCGGUGCAACACAUUUAAAAGUUCAAGGUAACAGUGAAUCUGAUUUCGGAGUGGAUUCAAAGACUGAAAAGGAGUCUGAAGGAAUGACAAACGGCAUGAUUGUGAUCCUGGGUGCUCUGACUGUUUUCCUCACUAUAGUCGUCAUUGUUCUGGCUGUUAAAAUCAGGAAACUUCAGACAGCUGAGAUUGAAGAACCGCAGCCAGAAAGAAUCAAGGAUCUGGCCUCAGAUGAACUGAACUACACAGCUCUAAAUUUCCAGGCGAAACCCAAAAGAAGCAGCAGGCCUGCAUCAGAGAGAGAGCUGGAGACACAUGUUGUGUAUGCUGCCACCAGAUAGACUCAGGAAACAUCUGGAACUGCAGCUCAGAGUGACACUGAUGCUUCAUUAUGUUAAUCUGCUGAUGUGUUUUUAUGUGUGGGAGGAGUCUACUGCCAAAAAAUA